AGUGGAUCGAGCUGGAGGAUGUCGCAUGUCGCACACUGGUUGAAUCUUCGUCUGCUCGCGCUCAGGAGCAUUGACGUUCGUCAGAUGUGAUCCCUCGGAUGACGCUCGUGCCAGACUCGUUCCUGAUCGUAUUGGGGAUGCUUUUCAGAGUUACUCGUGAUCGCUCGUGAACCCCGCUGUCCAUUUACGACUAGGACACUCCCAUUCUUUGUACUGCCUCCGGAGAGAUCAUGUCGUACUCCAUCAAUAGAAGACCCUUACUGGGGAGUGUGACAGAUAGUGAAUUCGAGGAUGAUUUGGAGACUGAGGUAGAUGAUCAUAAUGUCGCAAUUCCUGAUGAGAAACCAUUUUUUAAACCAUAUGAACCACAUGAUAGAUAUAAUAUCGCCUACAUGGUGUUUUAUUUGCUUGGAAUAAAUACAUUGAUUCCAUGGAGUUUUUUUAUUACUGCUGACGACUACUGGAUGUAUAAAUUUAGGGAAAUUCAUAAUAAUUCGACAAACCUCACUCAUACGUAUGCAGAACUACUUGAACAGAAGACAGAUCUUCAAGCUAGCUUUACUUCUUAUUUAAGUGUAGCUAGUGCAUUGCCAAAUACUCUGUUUUUAAUCAUAAAUGCAUUUAUUAGCAAAAGAGUCUCUCUAACUGUAAGAAUGGUGGGUUCUCAAUGCACAAUAUUGCUGCUUUUCAUCAUGACCACUAUAUUUGUCGAAAUGGACACUGAUAAAUGGCAACAUUCGUUCUUAAUAAUUACAUUGACAACAGUUGCGAUUGUAAAUGCUGCGAGCGCAAUUUUUGGAGGGAGUUUACUGGGCAUAGCAGGCAAGUUUUCACCGAAGUAUAUAACCGCCAUGUCCGGUGGACAAGCCCUCGGCGGAAUAUUUACGGCUUUAGCGGAAAUAUGUUCUCUGUGGAUAGGUGCCAGUCCGAUAUUUUCUGGCUUAGUAUACUUUAUUAUCGGUGACACUAUGCUGUUAUUAUCGCUGCUUGCGUACAUCCUUUUGGAGAGAGCGCCAUUCUUCAAGCAUCACAUGAUAGAAAAAGUACCUGAAUGUUUGGAAUCCGAUUAUUCUCUAAAUAGAGAGGUCAGCUUCUCAACACAUCCGAAUAUAUCCUACACACGGAUUUUAAAGAGAAUCUGGCAUUACGGCGUUAGCAUAUUUCUAGUAUUUUUUAUAUCGAUGGCUGUCUAUCCGGCGAUCACUGUAUUAGUGGAGAGUAAAGGCAGAGGCAAAGGCAAUGCAUGGAACGAUAUAUACUUUGUACCUGUAGUCACAUAUCUUAUCUUCAGCAUGGGUGAUUAUACAGGAAGAGUAUUAUGUGGUGUUUUGCAAUGGCCAAAAAGCAAUCCAUGGCUCGUAAUGUUCAUGAGCGUCGCUAGAGGUAUUUUUAUACCUAUGUUUAUGUUUUGCAAUGCACAACCGAGGCAUCAUCUACCCGUUUAUAUUGACAAUGAUGUAUAUUACAUCUUGCUAACCAUUGCAUUCGCCAUAACCAAUGGCUAUCUUUGUAAUUUAACGUUUAUUCUCGCGCCUACAGUUGUAGACAGUCAGGAAAAAGAAAUCGCAUCUGCAAUGACAGGUGCUUUCUUGGGUAUAGGACUAGCAUCUGGCGCCGCGCUCAGCUUGUACAUGGUGAAGGCUCUUUAAUUGAAGACGAAUGUAAAUAAAAUACAUGAUCUCACUGCCUUUUGUACAUUCAGAUCAGGUAGAAUCACAAUUUUACGAUAUUACAAGUUUUUAAAUAACAUGACAUUAAUGUAAAUCUAUUCCUGAUCGCCAUCUCGGUAAAACAAUACUCUACAAAAAUUGUUUUUUUUUUUACGGGGAAUUUUCGGCGCAACUCUUUGCAGUAUUUUAUCGAAAAUUUGAACAGAUGUACAUUACGUACAAUUUUUGUUUAUGAUUUUAACUAGAUUUCAACUAGAUUUUAAAUCACCUAUUUACUAUAGCAUAACUCAAUCUCGUAUUAUCAUAUCGUUUGUUCAAGAAAUUGACGAGAUGUGUCAAAUUACUAGAGAUAAACGAUAUUGACGUUAUGUGUAAAAUUAGUGCACUCCUAGAGACUUAUAUAUAAUUUAUGAUACAUUUAUUAUAUAUAUUCUAAGAAAAAAAUGUGUAGCUAUACAAAUGUUACAUACACAUAUGACAUCAAAGAAAGAGAUAUAUAAAGUAUUUGAGACUAUGAUAUUGUUAGUGAAUUAUCAUUGUAAAUUAUGUACAUUUAAAUUUAAAUAUGACAUCUAUAAUUGAAAGAAAUACAAAUAAUAAUUAAGACAAAAAACA